UUGUAUAUGCACUCUUUAUCAGUAAGGCUGAACGGCGUUAAAUACUACGAAAGGCUUGCAUUGGCCGUUCAGUGUACGCAAAAAUAGAUUGUCAAGCUAUCUGGUAUUUUGGCAAAGGCAAUUGAUAUGGAAAUACAAGUUGUUGAUUUUGAAGAUUGUUUUAGAAAAGGUGAAAAUGAAAGUGCCGAUACGGCUCUGACUGAGGUUGGGACAAAGUUAUGUGAAACAUUCUCUAAAGAUGGUUUUGCAUACAUCACUACCAGCGUGAUAACGAGAGAGGAAGUUUUGGAAAUUGACACUUUAUCCCAGAAAUUUUUCUCACUGCCGACAGAAAAGAAGAAGACUUUUAACAAUGGACGCACUGGAUUAACCUACGUUCCAAUUGGAACAAGGAAAUCUCAUUCGAAAGGUGAGAAGAAACCAGAUUAUGUAGAAGGCUUGCAGCUUCCUUAUUUUAUCGGAGCCGAGUAUUGGCCUGAUAUACCCGGGUUUCGAGAAAAAAUACAAAAGUUUGAAGAAAAAUGUAAAGUUAUUGGAUUACAAGUUUUCAAGUCACUGGGCCUCGCUAUGAGGUUAAAGGAUAAAGAUAAAUUCCUCAAAUCUCAUCAGUCGGUCAAUAGUGAAAAGAAUUCGUCUAUACUGAAACUUCUCCGUUAUCCUCCUGUUGAUGAUGACGUCAUAUCGGAAGGAGUUCAAAUUAGGUUUCCUGAGCAUACUGAUUUUGGAUCUUUGACGUUUUUAUUCGGCGAUGAUUUGAGUGGACUGCAGAUAAAGAAUUCCGAAGGAGAGUACAAAAAUAUAUCUGAAGUUCCGAAUUCGAUUCUUGUCAACGUUGGUGAUGAACUGCAAUAUUUGACAGGUGGACGACUUAAAUCAACGAUGCAUCGUGUCGUUAUUCCUGAGGACAGAGAUAAAAGGUUACAAUCCAGAAGAUCGCUGGCCUUUUUCUUUCAAAUAGACAAAGAAGUCAUGUUGGAUAAAUUAGAAUUUGAAGACGGCAGCAUAUCAAUCACCGAUGUACCAAUGUCGUCGGACGAUUUUUUUGCAAAGCGCUUUAAAGAAACUUAUUAUUGACUCAAUCUGUAGAUUUGAUGAUUUAUUACGCAAUUGCUUGUUAAUAAUUAUGAAUGAGUGAUAAAAAAUUAUUAUGCCACAUCAGGCUAUUUUGAUUGUUACACUCGAGACGCCUCGUUUCAACAAUUCGUUGCAAAGCGUUUUGAAGAAAAUUAUUAUUGACUCAAUUUGUAUAUUUCCUUUUGACAUACCGCGCUUGUGGGUUUUUGGACUUGUUGAUAUCUGGUAAUAGCUUAAAUUUAUUUAUACGCUUGUUACCCGAAAAAUGAAUUAAACCGCUUAAUUAAUAUUAAUAUCUCGACGUCUAACAUUCCAUUCAUAUUAUUUUAUCGGUUUGAAAUGCAAUUGUAUUGUGCUUUAAAUAAAAUUAAAUGUAUAUCAUCGAGCCGUACGUUAUCAUCUGGAAUGUUUCAAUAUCAAGCAGCCAAUUUCUAACGCCAAGUCAAGUUAAUUUAACCGGUAAAAAUCACUCGAACAAAUAUUACGAGAAAAUGAUAAUUACACAGUUUUAAAUUUAAUUCGAAAAGUUUGUUAUUUUAGUGUUUUGAAACUACCUAUAUUGACAGAGAAUACCGCACGAAUUAUCCGACUAAUACUGCUUACUAGAGAUAGAUAAACUGUAGAGAUUAUAUUAUUAUAUUAAAUUGUCAUAAUACCAACGGAUGUUGAUUAUAAGUAUGGCUGCUGUUGAGGCUGGUGUGUUUUUGCUGCUCUGUUUUAUAUCUGUUGAAAUCCGUGGAUUUCUUCUGGAAAAUGAACAAUUUUCGUAUCGCACAUAAGGGUUGGAUUAAGUUGGUUUCACAAUAAGUUACAAAACAUAGACAAUUUUAGGCAUAUGGGAUUAAACUCGAACAACUGGAUUUGGAUGUGGAAUGGAACACUGUGAAUCAAAGUGUGAUGGACAAAUUGGUGUUGACGGUCACUGAUGACCAAGUUCGGCUGCAGUAUGAAACAGAACAUUCGCAAGGUGUAAAGAGAAUAAAGAAAAUUCAUGAAAAAGUAAUGCGGAUAAUGGUUUUUGAAGAGAUCAACAUACAGACAUCCAACGACCGUACAGGACAUUCAGCUUGUGCUUCUGUGGGAUGGGGCAAAAUAAACAUUUAAUUAACAGCGUAUUGCUGGCAUAUAUAUAUACUGUACAUAUUGAACUGGUCAUUAUUACUGCGAUAGCUUAGUCAGGGUGGUCCUAAUCCAGGCCCACGAGCCACAUGUGGCCCGCAGCUUUAUUUUCUGUGGUCUGCGUCACAUUCGGAGAAUAAUCAAAAAAUCGCAUUCAGUGUUGUUUUGUAAUAAAAUUAAUCAGAAA